UGAUGUUGUACAGCAGGAACAGUGAAAAUUCUUGCUCACUUUCAUUCGAGAAGGAGAUGUUGAAAGGGACGAUGGUAUGACUAUCAACUGUCUCCAGAAAGCUCAUAUACUAGAUCAUUUUAUUGGCCCCACUCCUUGGCCCUAUCAUCAUAGCAGCCUAUCCGACGCCAGCCUAAAGCUCGGACGUCCGACGGACCAGGAACUAGGCCGGAUAACUGGUAUGAAUUCGACCACUCAUGUUCCACCUAAUUAUCCCAGCAUUACUCCGUAUGUCCAUUAUUUCACCACUUCUUAUGGAGGAGUUGGUGAUUUGGGAACAACGGACAUGCUUGCGUGUGCUUUCUACGCUGUCGUCGUUGUUCAUUCUUCUCAUAUCCGAUGCUUGUAUGAGAUUUAGGCUAUUCCUCGGUUGUGUUAGUGCUUACUGCUUAGCUCAACGGUAGAGCUGGCUUGCUGCCCAUGUUUGCGUGAUGAUCGAUCAUGUUGGGUUGGUGGGAAGUGAAGCAACCUGUCUGCUUUCCGAGGCCCCGUUGAACAGAAAUGAAACCUGAUAAGU